ACGGAUACCAAUACGAAACCAAAACAGUAGACAGAAAUUUUUUAAUUCAAUUCUGAUACUCGCGACCUGCAGAAUUCAAACUUUCUGCAUAAGUUGUCACAAAUGUGGUGUUGUUAUCGUCGCAUAGGCACAAUUAACCCGCGGUUCUGCCCAGUUUUCAUUCAUAACAUUGGAAAAUAAGAAGUCUGCUCAUUCGCACAUCAACAUGAACCAGCAAACAUGGCAAGGUGUGAAAGAGGAGAGAAAUGAGGAGCAUUCUGGACACUCUGGACCUCAAUGGUCAACGCAACCGACAGGCUCGUCGAGAGGAAAUUUCUUUGCUAGAUUGAUGGCAAAAAACUCGAAAAACCAGUCGAAAGAAGGAGCAGUUGCCAUUCCUUCGCCCUCGGACCAAGCGCCAUCAUGCGACACACCAUCCCUGCGACCAAUGCCUCGCUCUCCCUCGAUGCCCAAUCUAAAAGACAUCGAAAGGGCGCCUGUCUUCAGCUUUCCCUUCAAAGAGGAGGGAGCUGAUGAUCUUAGAAGGAAGCUGUCUGUUGACUUCCGCUCUCCUCCUGUGGCCCCUUUGAACAGCGUCCGACAACACCCAGGAAGCCCCAUUCCUCAGCAUCUGUCAUGCCGGGGGGCCACCCCAAUGGCCAAGUUUAUGUCCUUGAGCAAAGGAAAUUCGGGCCAAAGUUCUUUGAUUCACAGUUCAGGUCGAACGCCUCUCCAGUCAAUUAACCCUCUCAACCACCGAGAGGUAAUGCAACAUUCCAAUCCUGCGGUGAAGGGUAUUAACUUUGGGCAAGUGGAUAAAGAAAAUAUCGGUUUUUCGUUCAACAAGGAGUUGCCGCCUUACGAUCCCACACCUGAUGUGAAAAAAGAUAUAAUCAAGUCAAUGAUGGAAGACGAUUCUCCCAGGCUCUGCGUCGGAUCCAAGCGCAUGUUCGCAUCAUCCUCUUCACGGAGUCUCUUCCAGUCAGAAGGAAACUCUUUGACUUUUCCUGAAAACUCCGAUUCGCGGCACAAGGAAACAUCAGAGACGAAUGAAUUUUCAAACAGUGUGAACAAAACAGCUCUGAGCGUUCCUUCUCGGGUCAACACUCCCAUUACUGUGAGGAAGGCCCCAGAAAAUUUUGUUUUCAAGGAGCCAAUCCUGCCUCAGCAAAAAAACAAGGUUCCUGGGGAAGGACUAAUCAUGGUGAAAAACCUUCUGUACAGGAAGGGAGUCAAGCUAGGAAAGGGAGGAUCAAGCACUGUUUAUGAGGUGUUUCGCGUUGAUGACAACAUGUCGUUUGCUCUGAAAAUUGUUGAAUUGAAUGACACCGUGGAAUCAAUCAAGCAAGGCUUUUUGGACGAAAUUCAAAUUUUGGACAAAAUGAGAGGCUGCGAGAUGGUCAUUCAGCUAAUUGACUUUGAGUACCGUGAAGAUGAGGACAUUCUGUAUGUGGUCUUGGAGAAGGGCGUUGGCGACCUCUCCAAAUUUCUGCGAAAAGCUAAAGAGAAGAAGAGUUUGCGUCUGAGCACCAUUGAAGCCUUUUGGAGAGACAUGGUGAAUGCUGUUGCUAUGAUCCACGAGAAAGGUAUCAUUCACUCUGACCUGAAGCUGGCAAAUUUUGUCCUGUGCGGUGAAGUUGGCUUCCACCAACUGAAGCUAAUUGAUUUUGGCAUUGCAUCUGCCUUGUCUUUCGAGCAGACAAGUGUGAUUAAGGAUAACCCUGCUGGCACCUUCAACUACAUGAGUCCUGAAGUGUCCAAAGGCGAAAAGAUCAACUUCAAAAGCGACAUUUGGUCCCUUGGCUGCAUCCUAUACUGCCUGCUGUAUGGAAAGACUCCAUUCCAGGACAUAACCAAUUGGCAAAUGAAGAAGUCUGUCAUCGAAGACGAGCACCAUGUGAUUCAGUUUCCUAAGACCAGCCCCAAUCUACCCCGAGAUGCUUGCGUCAUUCCUCGGCCUCUGCUUGAGACUGUGCAGAGGUGCUUGUCGUACCGCCCGGCAGACAGGCCCUCCGCUCAGGAGCUGCUGGAAACUAAGUACUGCGGCUGUGACAAGCAAAUAGAAUUUCUAGCGCAGGGGCUGGCAGAUUUGGUGAAGAGGCACCCGCAAAGCCGACAGCUGGCACCAUUACUAAUAGCAGCGCUUCAGAGGGAUGCGCGUUAGGGGCUAGUAAGAGAAAAAUAUUUUCAACAGUCCAGUCGUUCCAUAACCUGCGAUUUGAGAUUUUAACAGACUGAUUAUAUUAUGCAUGUUGUUCAGUGUAACACAACUAAUAAAUAGGCUUGGGUAUUGGUGAAUGCGAUGGAAAACACUGUUGAUUUAAGCAAGUAUCAUACUCUUACAUUUACCUAAUUUAAACCAAUUUUAACCAAUAUAUCUCAGAACAACAGAAAACAAACCAAAAGAAAUUAGCAAUUUCAAAGAAUGCUUCAGUCAAAAUGUUCUUCAGUGUUAAAUUUCAAGCUGUAAAAUAUGUCUCUUGAUGAUUGAAAUUGAAAAAUUGUACAUAUUGCAAGUGACACAAAAAAUAAAAUUUAUCUCUCGUA